UGGACUAAAAAACAUCACAAAAUAGGCGCUAAAAAUGUGAGUGGUUGAUAUUUUGUUCCAACUCGCUGGGUAUAAGAUUUAGGCACUACUAACGAAGAUAUCUUGAUGAGCAGUUCAUGUUAUCUACUGACGUAAAUUAUCAAAGUUGACCGCAACUUCGGGUUGUGCAUCUCCUUUGGCGGGGACUUUUGGCGCAACUCUCGGCAUUAGACAAUAGACAGCAUACUUUGAGAAAUGAACUUUUUUAAAGUCCCGGCAAGAUCAGCUUUCAAAGGCAAGAAUCCGCCAUUAAUUUCUCGCUCAAGCUAACACUAUGAUACCAACUCUCAGGACUACGGUUUACGGAGUAUUUCAUUCCUCAUUCUCUCUCAAGUCUUAACGCUUUAUUUCUCACAAGCUUCAUAUUCCUUACUAUCUCCUGUUUCUGAAUUACUCUCUAUACUAAGCGCAUUCGUCUUGGAAAGAAGUUAAGGUUUUGUAUCUUGUCAUAGAUGGAUAUGGAUUGUGGACUUAGAAGGUUGCCCGGCUCCUCUUUAAGCAGAUUCAAACCGGAGAGGGAGGUCAAUUUUUCUACCGUUCAACAAUCUUUAGAUAUUCCAGACAUUCACAAGGAUGCCCCUUCAAUUACACACUCUCCUAACCGUGGUACUUAUUCUCCUACUGUCGACUAUGAUCCUAUUCAUAAGUACCUUAUACAGUUUCUAUUGGAGGAAGAGAGCAUUGAUGGGAACAACCCAGACAUGUCUUUUGAUCCCAGUGCUCUUAGUGCUGUUGAGAAUUUCUUCCAUGAAGCCUUGUGUUACAACCCUUCACCGUCUCGUGACAGCAAUGCAGGAAGCUCCGGGUAUGAUGUUGAGCAUCAUGAUCUCAAUAACUCUGACACACUCUGUAUUGUUGAUCCUAGAGAAUCUAAAUCAUCUGUGGCAAGUGAUCAUCCCGAUGUUCCCAUCGAGCCAUCGUCAAGUCGGGCUAACUCUGACAGUGCAAUGGUUUCUCAAAUGGAUGCUUUCCUAAGUGCUAACUCGGUUCCAAAGAUAUCUUGUAAUGAUGAUAUUGGGUCCAUCUUGCAAUUUAAGAAAAGUGUCCUUGAUGCUAACCGAUUCUCUCAAGCUGAUAAACACUUGGUUAUUGAUUUGGAUAAAUACUCAGUUUCUCCACACGGUGAGGAAUUUACCAGAGAUUAUGUUUUCAAAAUACAGAAGGGCCUUUCAGCUGAUCUGUGUAUAGGAAAGAAACAUUACCAUCCAGACGAAAGUGGGUUAGACGAAGAAAGCAAAAGAAAGCACUCUGCAAUCUAUAAGGAGGAGGUUGACUUAUCGGAAGUGUUUGAUAAAGUUUUGCUGUGUACCGAUGAUAAUGAUGAUCCAUUUAAAGUCAGCACACAACAGAAAAGGCGAAGUGGCUGUAAGAGCCAUUUAAAGAAACGAAGCGAUGAUAGUGAAAUUGUGGAUCUAGAGUCUCUUUUGAUGGGCUGCGCACAAUCUAUUGCUGCUGCUAAUUAUAGGGAUGCAGCAGAUCAGUUACAGAAGAUAAGGCAGCACUCUUCACCUACCGGCGAUGCAAACCAGAGGAUGGCCAAUUAUUUUGCUGACGGUCUUGAGGCUCGACUGGCUGGAACUGGGACACAGCUGUAUUUGACUUCUCUCGAUAAAGCCAUACAUGUUGAGAUGCUAAAAUCCUACAUGUCUUCUUGGCCAUUUAUGAGAUUAUCAAUUUUCUGUGCAAAUAAAAUGAUUUAUGAAGUAGCGUCAAAAGGUGGAUCGCUGCACAUUAUAGAUUUUGGCAUUCUUCAUGGUAUCCAGUGGCCCACACUUAUUCGGGAUCUUUCACAAAGACCCGGUGGCCCUCCAAAACUUCGAAUAACAGGGAUUGAGCUUCCCCAGCCUGGUUUUCGUCCAUCACAAAUGGUAGAGGAGACUGGUUGUCGUUUGGCAAAAUAUUGUGAGCGUUUUGGUGUACCAUUUGAGUACAAUGCUAUAAUAAUAACAAAUUGGGAGAGACUUAAGAUUGAUGAUUUGCAGCUUGUGAGUGGUGAGGUGAUUGCUGUGAACUGUUUGAUUCGAUUCGAACACUUAUUGGAUGAAACAGCAGUUGGUGCGGACAGCCCUAGGGAUGCUGUUCUAAACUUAAUCUGGGAAGUUAAUCCUCAUAUAUAUAUGCAAACCGUUACUUGUGGAUCUCAAAACUCUCCUUUCUUUAUAAGUCGGCUUCGAGGAGCUCUCUUCUUCUAUAGUGCUGCAUUUGAUUUGCUUGAUGCUACUUUACCGCGCCAUGCCAAUCAGAGACUGAAUUUGGAAAAAGAAGUUGUGGGACGCGAAAUAAUGAAUAUCUUAGCAUGUGAGGGAAAGGAAAGAUUACAAAGGCCUGAAACAUGCAAGCAGUGGCACUCUCGCAUCAUGAGGGCUGGGUUCAAGCCCAUGCUUAUAAACCCUACAGUUGCGAAGAAUUUAAGCCGCUGGGCAAGGGAGGGAUAUCACAAAGAUUUUCUGUUUCUGGAAGAUGGAAAUUGGAUAAUGCAGGGAUGGAAAGGUCGGAUUCUGGGCGGCACCUCUUGCUGGGUAGCUGGACGAGAGACUCACAACCUGUGAUAGUUAGAAUGGUAACUAUUGGUAAGUAGUGUUUCUCCACAUUGGGAACGUUAGAGUAACCUUUCAGGCAAUACUGCAAUUAUUAUUUCAUGUUUUCUUUGGUUUCCAUUUUUGUAUAACACCGCUUGCUAGUUAUUUCCAUGUAAGCUGUUUGAGAACAUCAUUCAUGGCGGUUCUCUAGUUCUGGAUUUUCUUAUCUUAUUAAAAUAAGUGAGAUA